CAGAAGAUAUAGCGAUCGAACUGAAUUCAUAUUUUAUGGACAAGAAUCUAACAAUAUCUACACCGGGACCGGAAUGGCCAUCCGCAGCUCCAGCAGCACUUUUACUAGUUUUUGGAGUAACAGGAAAUGUGUUGGCAUUGAUUAUUCUCUGUUGUUCUUCUAAAAAUCAUAAAUGGCGACCCUUCUAUCGCUUCGUUUGUGGACUUGCCAUCACAGCUGGGGGUGGCAUAUUGCUUUCUCACCCUAUAGUUAUGGUUCGUUAUGGCACCGAAUUCAAAUUUAACUAUCCGCAGCCGUUGUGUGACUAUAUGGCAUUUAUUUUCAUGUUUACCAUUUUUGGUUCGGCAGUAUUUGUUUGUGCAAUGUCUCUCGAUCGUUUUAUUGCAAUUCUGUAUCCCCACUUUUAUAACUCCCUAACAAAAAACAGGAGAGUUGUUUCAACGAUAGUCGGAGUUUGGAUAUUCGCUGCAUUUUUAUCAAGUCUCCAUUUAAUAGUUGGUCUUAAAAGUCUCAGUUUUUUCCCAGGUUCUUGGUGUUUUCUGGACUUUGUAGAAGAUGGCACAUCAAAUAGGAUCCUCGCCUUGUUUUACUCACUGACAGGCAUUAUGAUUCUUGCUAUUACAAUUGUACUAAACACAACUGUUAUUAUAAAAGUCUGUUACGACAGUCGCCAGAAGAAUAUGUGCAUAACAAAGAAGAACAACACAUAUAUCAUGGUCUUCCUGUUCUUAAUUGUGAUCCUCUUUACUUCAUGCAUAUCACCACUUUUAAUAACGAUUUUCGGACAUGCAAUUGGAACAAUUUCCGGAAAUGGGCUGUUAGAACUCAAUGCUAUACGUCUCUCCAUUUCGAACUCCAUCAUUGAUCCUUGGAUCUAUAUUGUAUUUCGAAAAGAUACUUUCGAAUAUUUUAAGCGGAUGGCCUUAACAUUGGGACUUAUUUCUGAAUCAAGCACAACCAGUGGCACUCCAUCCUCCAUCAAAGAGAAUCCUAGCAGCGAUCCAAUUGAUUCAAAGUCGUCAAAGGACUUGGCCAAUCCCUCAUAAGUGGAAAUCUCAGUAAAGAGCAUACAUUUCCUUUUCUGUCUAGAGACAAAUAAAAUCAAAAUGGACGAAAUAUAUACUUAACAUGUUUGAAUGAA